AUGAAAGUCGGACGGCGGCGCGCUCACUUACUCCUGUUCUUCUUCGCUUCUAUUGCGACCACCAACGCCUUAGGUGGUGAUCUGUCCUCGACAGAUCUUCUCAAUCCACCCGCGUUAGGGGGCGCUGUUGGCGCGUCUGGAGGGGGAAGUACCCUCAAGGGGCCCCCGGUUGGUACAGAACAUGCACCGGUGGAUGGUAAAGAUGGCAUGCCCCACGACGGACCUUUUGUCGAGACAGGCGCAGAGCGAACGAGGAAAAAGCAGGGCGCUGAGGCAGGGGACGACGAAGUUGUUGUAAAAGAGUCGUACAAAGAUCGCGGAAACCUACCUCAGACGAACGAUGCCGUCAUGGACGAUCGCGUCAACUCGAAACCCGUCGAGGGGACUAGGGGUGUGGAAGGAGGUAUCUCCGAGAAGUCCAAGGAGGGCAAGGUGACGGAGAAGAGGCCCGAGUCUCCCAAGGAUGCGAGGCCAGUGCCACAUAGCGAAGCGAGAGAUCCAAAUGGGUCAGCAGUACCCGCCUCGACGGAUGAAGAAACCAAGAAAACUCUAGCAGUGAGGCCAGCGCAACAUGGACAAUUUGAGGAACAGAACCAAGUGCUGAUAUACCGUCGCCAGGUCCCCGAAGAUCUCCCCUCCAAGCCGCACGAUAUUCCUCACCCUGAGAAUCCAUCCUCACCGAAAGACACCAUCCUCUCGUCGGAGAGCCCGCAAACACCCAAGAAACCCCUCGAACACGAACCCGCCGUCAUUUCGCCCAUGCAUUCCUUGGUCCUUUCCUUCACGAUGAUCAUCUUCUCCGAGAUUGGCGACAAGACGUUCCUGGUCGCGGCGCUCAUGGCCAUGCGCCACCCUAGAGUGGUGGUGUUCACGGCCGCCUUUUCCGCCCUCAUAACCAUGACUGUUCUAUCCGCCGUCCUCGGGCACGCUGUACCCACUUUGAUCCCUGAAACCCUCACCAAGUUCGCAGCCGCGGGUCUCUUUCUGGUCUUUGGUGUCAAGAUGGUCAUUGAAGCCCGAGGAAUGUCUCCCGACGAUGGGGUAGGCGAAGAAAUGAAAGAAGUAGAGAUGGAACUCGAGGAGAAGGAACACGAGCAUGCCCGACAAAUGUCGAGACAUCGAAGACGGUCGAGUGCGAUAUCCCCCUACGCGCUGGAGGCCGGGCGUGGCGUUCCGGGGCGGAAGAACACCGACUCACGACUUCCUUCACCACCCGAGUCGCCCUCCUCGUCGCGCGAGGCGAGCCCAACUCGGACGUCGAGCUUAAAGAAUGCUAUGGCGGGGAUCAACAACUUGUUCUCAUUACUGCUCAGCCCCGCCUGGGUGCAGACUUUCGUCAUGACCUUCUUGGGUGAAUGGGGCGAUCGCUCCCAGAUUGCGACUAUUGCCAUGGCAGCGGGGCAGGACUACUGGUGGGUUACGGCCGGCGCCCUGGUAGGGCACGGAAUCUGUACUGGUGCUGCUGUGCUAGGCGGACGAGCUAUUGCUGGCAAGGUCAGCUUGAGGACUGUUACCAUGGGCGGCGCUAUUGCAUUCUUGGUCUUCGGCGUCAUUUACUUGCUCGAGGCCGUGUAUUGA